UUAAGGCCGCUAUAAAUGGAGGAUCUCGUUCCUGGGUCAUCGUCAUCAUCCCUAAAUUCAACAAAAGAUCUCUCUCUGCAAAAACUAUCUGCUUCCAUUUCCAUUCCCAUAAUCAGUUCAGAGAGAAGCCAAAUGGGCUUUCAAAUAGCAGAGAACAAGCCUGCACCAUCAACGCUCAUAUUCACUUACGGUACCUUAAAGAGAGGCUUCUCCAACCACGGACUCUUGCAAGAUCUGAUGCGAACCGGAGACGCUGUCUUCAGAGGUACGUACCGAACCAUAGACAAUUAUCCUCUCGUCUGUGGUCCCUACAGAGUCCCAUUCCUCCUCAACCUCCCCGGUGCUUCCGGAUCCAAGCGCGUCACAGGCGAGUUGUACGCCGUCACGGCUAGAGGACUCUCUCGCCUCGACGAGCUGGAGGGUACCACUCGUUGUCACUACGAGAGGUUGCCGAUAAUGUUGGAGCCGAUAACGGCAACGGAUGAUGGUGAGGAGUACGGAGGCGACGGAAAAGCGUGCGCGGCGGAGGCGUAUUACGCGCACAGGAGCUACGCGGUGGAGAUGUGGAAGCGGAACGGGAAGAGAGGUUAUGGUGCGUACGGAGAGAAGGAAGCAAAAGGGUAUGUGAAGAGGAAAGAUAGACCUCAAAAUCUGAGCUUUUUAGAUCAGAUUCAUGUUUUUGUGAGCUCUAUUGAUAGUAAUUAGUGGAAAAUUUUUUAAAUAAAAAAAUAUUUAAAAUUGUGUACCGUAAGCCAUAGCCAAAGCUUCUUCUUCUCUGUAAUCUGUAUUUGUUUUGGAUCGCAGAGUAGAUGUAAGAGCAAACCAUGAAUGAUGAAUCCUAUCUUCUUCUUCUGUUCCUCUUUCUUGAUCUUCAAUUUGUAGGAAUAUAAGAAAAAAUAAAUUUUAUCUUCUUAAAA